AUGGCCGCUAGAAGACAUGACUAUGUUGACGACAUCACUCCUGCCAAGGAAUCAUGGGACAUUGUUGUUCGAAUUGGUGACAAGAUACAAACUUCAGUUAGGAAAGUCAUGUUGUCUUUUCAAUCUAAGAUAUGUGAUGGAACUGUGUAUAAUUUGAAAUCCUUUGGUGUUGCCGCUAAUUCUGGAGCUUAUAGGACUACAAAACAUAAAUUCAAGUUGAGUUUGCAAAGUGGCACGGGCAUCCAAAAACAUGAGACGGCUCUGCUGAUAACAAUCUCUCCUUAUAGAUUGAUAUCUUUUCUAGAAAUUGUUGGGAAAAUUGAUAUGGACUAUUUGAUCGAAGUUGUGGCAAUUGUAUCUGCUGUUGGACGUGAAAGGAUUUAUGAAAGGAAUCGUGUCACCACUAAGUUUAAAGUGAUUGAGUUAGAUUCUAAUGGAAUGAAACUUGAAUGCAUACUUUUUGGAACAUAUGUUGAUGCCCUUGAUGCAUUCCUCCAGACUGGCUACAUAGGAAAAGUUGUCGUGCUUGUUGGGUGUCUGAAAGUUAAAAUUGAUAACAUUGGAUCACCCACUCAACCAUUCAGUUAUAUAAAGUAUGCUUUUGAGUUGAGUUUAGAAGAAGAAUUCUUGAAUUUGAGUCAACGAAAAACAAUUGAGGAGCUAAAAGAUAGUCAAAAUGACAUGGUUUGUGUUGUUUUAGGCACAAUCAACCAUUUUGUUGGUGGCAGUGACUGGUGGUAUGCUGCAUGUGUCUAUAACAAGGGAGUUGUUGUAGAUUCCAAAAGAUACAGUGUCAGACUUAGACUUAGAGUUAUUGGGAAACAAGUCUCGACAUCUUCUGCUUCUGCUUUUGAGAGAUCUCCUUAA